AUGUUAAAUAGUGUUGUCAAACAUAGAUCCAUCUACAAGGCACAAUUGUGCGCGAAAGAAUGCCAGACACGAUCGUUUGUAAUUGACAAAGAAAACAAAUGUUUUCGAAAAGACAACCAAUUUUUCCGCUACAUAUCAGGUGAAAUAGAUUACUUCAGGGUUCCGAGGGCAUACUGGAAGGAUCGCCUGCACAAGAUGCGGAUGGCAGGUCUCAAUACCAUAGCCAGCUACGUCGAGUGGAGCGGACACGAACCUCAGCCUGGGAAGUUAAACUUUGUGGACAACUACGAUCUGGUAGAGUUCUGCAAAGAAGCCCAGCGAGAGGACCUCCUGGUGAUCCUUCGUGUCGGCCCUUACAUCUGCGGUGAGAGAGACAACGGUGGAUUUCCUUCUUGGCUCUACAAAACAAUUGCGCCCAAUAAGUUCCGAACGACCGACAAGGUCUUUAUGGACGCUACCGAGAAGUGGUUGGGUGAACUGUUACCGAGGAUAAAAGGAACGUUCUACAAAAAUGGUGGUUCGGUAAUAGCUCUUCAAGUCGAGAACGAGUACGGGAUCCAAAUGUGCGACAGCGCUUACAUGCCUGGAGUUUACAAUAUAUUCAAGAAACAAGUCGGAGACGAUGCCAUCUUGUUCACUGCUGAUUAUUGGAGGAAGAAAGACCACAACUGUGGAGGAGUUCAUGGUGUUCCAAAAGCUGCCAACAUGUACACAUCCGAUUACGUGAGCACCGUUCAAUCACAGAUGGAUUCCAUAAAUUCCCAAGGAUGUCCACUUUUCUUAAUGGAAUUGUAUACAGGAUGGUUUUUACGGUGGGGUGAUGCGCACGAGAAAGGUACUCCGUCUAAAUUUAUGGACACGUUUAAGGAACUAAUGCGCAGAAAUGCUUCCGUCAACAUCUACAUGUUUCACGGAGGGACAAACUUCGGGUUUAGUGCACCCUCAAGAGAAGGCAGUCCUCUGGUCACCAGCUACGACUACAACGCACCACUCUCCGAAGCGGGAGAUCCGAGGGAUUUGUACCACAAGUUAAGGGACAUUAUCAAGGACUUUGCUCCGUUACCGCCGGGAGACGUGCCAGUCGCUUCUACAAAGCUUAAUAUCGGAGUUGUAAAUUUAACCGAAGGAGUAUCGCUCAUGGAAGUAAUAGACCAUUUCCGAGCAAAUGGCUGGAUCAAGAAGUAUGAGCAGUCUAUCCCAAUGACGUUCGAAGACAUGGGCCAGGACUAUGGCUUCGUCAUGUAUACAGCCAAGGGCAAGGAAGGUCUCUCCAGGAAUCCUACUCUGGUCGCGUCUGGCAUUAAGGACAGAGCCUACGUCGUUACAAAUGGCAGUAUACAUGCUCUCGACUCAAAUCAUAACCGCCAAAUCUUGCAUUUUAAGGAGGGCGAAACUUUUGCUAUACGCGUAUUUGUGGAAAAUCUUGGCAGGGAGUUUUUCAAAAUAGGGAAGGACCCAAAGGGUAUCACAGGCCGAGUGACACUGAAUGGCCACAAGGUGGAGGGUUGGACCAUGGAAGCGGUGCCGGUGGUUGAAAACAGAGACGUCAGCCUGGUCAUGCAGUUCCUUGACAACCGGAGCAGCCCAGAGGUUCCAGGCUUCUUCCAUGGCAGAUUCACGCUCCCGCCAGGAGAGGGCAUUAUACGAGACACCUUCCUGGACCCGACGGGUUGGAAACACGGCGUCGCCUUUAUCAACGGAAUCCACCUGGGCCGCUACUGGCCCAGGGCAGGACCUCAAGUGACACUGUACCUUCCGGGUGCCUUCAUGCUUCCUUAUCCCAUGGAAAACAGGCUUUUUUUGUUGGAAAUGGAAAGUGCACCCGAAAAUAAAACAGUGAAACUGGUAGACAAGCAUGUCCUCAAUGGGCGAGUCUAA